ACGCACACACACACACUCCCUUCAUCAUUUCUGUUUGUCCUAUCCUAUCCAUAUCAUAUCUUAGUCAUAAAGCACCGAUUAAAUUAAAGAUCCCAUCUUUAGUUUAUUCUGAAUUCUGAUUCGGACUUCAAAAUAAAAUAAAAUGAAACUAACUUGAUUCCUUCCUCAUCAUCUCACACUCUAUUUAGUUUCCAGCUUUGGACUCCUCACAGUUGAGUGGCUGGUCUGGGUGUAUCCAAAAAGGUCAGGUAAAUGGGUAAAGGAGGGAUGUCACUUGACGAAAUCAAGGAUGGGCAAGAAGAGGAAAACAUGGCUGCGUGGCUUCUUGGUGUCGACAAUCUCAAGAUUCAGCCUUUCAAGCUCCCUCCUCUUGGACCAUAUGAUGUUAGAGUAAGGAUGAAAGCUGUUGGUAUCUGUGGAAGUGAUGUUCACUAUCUCAAGACCUUGAGAUUGGCAGAUUUUGUAGUGAAGGAACCAAUGGUCAUUGGGCAUGAGUGUGCUGGGAUCAUCGAUGAGGUUGGAAGUGAAGUUAAGCAUCUUGUGCGUGGAGACAGAGUGGCAUUGGAACCAGGCAUCAGUUGCUGGAGAUGCAAUCUUUGCAAAGAAGGUCGAUACAAUCUAUGCCCUGAGAUGAAGUUUUUUGCCACUCCACCAGUACAUGGUUCUCUUGCCAAUCAGGUGGUGCAUCCUGCCGACCUAUGUUUUAAAUUGCCAGAUAAUGUGAGCUUAGAGGAAGGCGCAAUGUGUGAGCCUUUAAGUGUUGGUGUUCAUGCUUGUCGCCGAGCUAAUGUUGGUCCAGAAACAAAUGUUUUAAUCAUGGGAGCUGGACCCAUAGGGCUUGUUACACUGCUAGCAGCUCGUGCUUUUGGUGUACCCAGAAUUAUCGUUGUGGAUGUUGAUGAUUACCGUUUAUCUGUUGCCAAGGAUCUCGGUGCUGAUGGCAUAGUUAAAGUGUCAACGAAUAUUCAGGAUGUAGCUGAAGAAGUUGCGCUGAUACACAAGGCAAUGGAAACUGGAGUGGAUAUCACCUUUGAUUGUGCAGGAUUUAACAAAACAAUGUCAACAGCCUUGGGUGCCACUAAACAGGGUGGCAAAGUUUGCCUUGUGGGAAUGGGCCAUAAUGAAAUGACUGUUCCUCUUACAUCAGCUGCAACAAGGGAGGUUGAUGUCAUUGGUGUUUUCCGGUAUAAGAAUACAUGGCCACUAUGCCUUGAAUUCUUGAAGAGUGGUAAGAUUGAUGUGAAGCCCCUAAUAACCCACAGAUUCGGGUUCUCGCAGAAGGAGGUUGAAGAAGCCUUUGAAACAAGUGCUCGUGGUGGUAGCGCUAUUAAGGUCAUGUUUAAUCUGUAAAAUCAGCUGUGGCCUGGGAAAAACUGCUUCUUGGAGAAAUUUUAAGUAAAGAACGAUAAGAAAUAUCAAUAUUGCACAUUGGCUUAUGUAAAUUUCGUCUUGUUCGACACGAUCUUUGGACGUGUAUUAUUAUAGUUGUUCCUCUUUAUUACUAAUAUAUGCUAUUUUAAUCAAGUUAUAUAUACACACACAUAAUUGAAAGGUCA